AUGAUGUGCCUGGAAAGCGACGGGUCCUCCGGCAGCAGCCCGGUCUGCGGCGGGCGGCUCCGAGCUGGCGACGAGGAGGAGGAGGAAGACGGCGAGCGGGGCUGCUGCGGCCGGGGUGCCGAGGGCGAGGUGCAGACCCUGUCGGGCAGGAUGAACCCCCCGGCGGCCGGCAAGCACCCCGACCGCCCCGCCGCCCUCCGCAAGGCGCCGACCCUCGGCCGGGCCCGGGUAGCGGCCGCCGGCAUCCUCAGUGUGGGCAACGUGCUCAACUACCUGGACCGGUACACCGUGGCAGGUGUGUUACUGGACAUCCAGCAGCACUUUGGAGUCAAAGACAGUGGGGCUGGCUUGCUGCAGACAGUUUUUAUCUGUAGUUUCAUGGUCGCGGCGCCGAUCUUUGGUUACCUUGGUGACCGCUUCAACAGAAAGAUCAUUCUCAGCUGUGGCAUCUUCUUUUGGUCAGCUGUCACUUUUUCAAGCUCCUUCAUCACUGAACAGUAUUUCUGGCUCUUUGUGCUCUCCCGGGGUUUGGUUGGCAUUGGUGAAGCGAGUUAUUCUACUAUUGCACCAACCAUCAUUGGAGACCUGUUCACCAAAAACACAAGGACCCUGAUGCUCUCUGUUUUCUACUUUGCAAUUCCUCUGGGCAGUGGCUUGGGGUACAUCACUGGCUCGAGUGUGAAGCAGGUUGCUGGAGACUGGCACUGGGCACUGCGGGUAUCUCCACUCCUGGGAAUGAUAACAGGAACACUCAUCUUGAUAUUUGUGCCUGCUGCUAAAAGAGGAAAUGCUGAACAGCUUGGGGGGCAGCUGAAGGCUCGGACUUCAUGGCUGAGAGACAUGAAAGCAUUGAUUAGAAACCGCAGCUAUGUGUUCUCAUCCCUGGCCACCUCAGCUGUCUCCUUUGCCACGGGGGCCCUUGGAAUGUGGAUCCCUCUGUACCUUCACAGAGCACAGGUUGUGCAGAAGACAGCAGAGACCUGCAGCUCCCAGCCCUGUGGCACCAAAGAUAGUUUGAUUUUUGGAGCAAUCACGUGCUUCACUGGCUUCCUGGGUGUAAUCACAGGGGCAGGAGCCACCAAAUGGUGCAGGUCCAAGACCCAGCGAGCUGAUCCUCUUGUCUGUGCUGUUGGGAUGCUGGGCUCAGCCAUCUUCAUCUGUCUGAUCUUCGUGGCAGCCAAGAGCAGCAUUGUGGGAGCCUAUAUUUGCAUUUUUAUCGGAGAAACUCUUCUGUUCUCAAACUGGGCUAUCACAGCAGACAUACUAAUGUACGUGGUCAUUCCAACUCGCCGUGCAACCGCAGUGGCCUUGCAGAGUUUCACUUCACACCUCCUGGGAGAUGCUGGCAGUCCUUAUCUCAUUGGAUUUAUCUCUGACCUGAUACGACAAAGCACAAAGGAGUCUCCAGUGUGGGAGUUCCUCAGCCUGGGUUAUGCUCUCAUGCUCUGCCCGUUCGUGGUUGUCCUGGGAGGGAUGUUCUUCCUGGCCACAGCCCUCUUCUUCCUCAGUGACCGAGCCAAAGCUGAGCAACAGGUGAAUCAGCUUGUGAUGCCACCAGCCUCUGUGAAAGUCUGAGACGCUGCCAGUGAAGGCCAGGACACGUGGACUCCUGCUCCCACCACACCGAUCUCAAGCUGGAAGCC